UGGUUUCGAGGUCAAUCCCGGAUUUGGCAAACUGGGAAAACCGGGUUGGGCACCAGCCUCUCCCUGGAUUUACCAAUCCCUUGUUUUCCCCUUCCACAGAACUCAUCCCACGGGAUCUUCCCAACGUUCCCACUGGAAGCUCUUCCAGAGGGCGAGAAAACGGGAGAAUCGAGCGGGAAAACGGAAAUUCCGACGCCGGGAAUUCACCUCGGAGAACAGCGGGAGAUGCUUCCCAAACUCCAACCACCCCCAAAUUUCGGGAAAACCCUCAGGAUAGGGUGAUGCUGCAGCUCCCACCCCUCGUUCCCGAAUUUUUCCGUGGGAAUUCCGGAAGAUGGCGGAGCACCAGGAGCUGCUGGCGGAGAUGCCGGCGGUUUGCCGGCUCAGCACGCCGGAGCGGCUCCGGCACGCCCAGAAACGCCGGGCCCAGCAGCUGAAGAAAUGGGCGCAGGCGGAGAAGGAGAUCCCGGGAAUUCCCAAGGGAGGAGGAGGAGGGGAGAGGAAGAGGAGGAGGAGGAAGAGCGGCAGCCACGGGAAGCGAGUGACGUUCCCGGCCAGCGUCCGGCUGCUGGAGGCGGCCGCCCGGCACGACGCCGAGGAAGUCCGGCAGUUCCUGGAGAGCGGGAUCAGCCCCGACCUGUGCAACGAGGACGGGCUGACGGCGCUGCACCAGUGCUGCAUCGACGACUCGCUCCCGCUGGUGCGGCUGCUGCUGGACGGCGGCGCCGACGCCAACGCGCGGGACGCCGAGCUCUGGACGCCGCUGCACGCCGCCGCCACCUGCGGCCACCUGGCGCUGGUGCAGCUGCUCAUCCAACGCGGCGCCGACCUGCUGGCGCUGAACUCCGACGGGAACAUGCCGUACGACCUGUGCGAGGACGAGGCCACGCUGGACUGCCUGGAGAGCGCCAUGGCCGGGCAGGGGAUCACCCAGGAUCAGAUCGAGGCGGCGCGGGCGGCCCCGGAGCGCUGCAUGAUCCAGGAAAUUCGGGAUCGGAUCCGGGACGGAACCGACCUGGACCUGCCCGGGGCACACGGGGCCACCCUGCUGCACGUGGCCGCUGCUCACGGGUUCCAGGCUGCGGCCGAGCUGCUGCUGCAGCACCGAGCGCGAACCGACUGCAGGGACCGGGACGGGUGGGAGCCGCUGCACGCGGCCGCCUGCUGGGGACAGGUGCCGCUGGCGGAGCUGCUGGUGGCGCACGGCGCCGACCUGAGCGCCAGGUCCCGGCUGGACGAGACCCCGCUGGACGUGUGCGGGGACGAGGAGGUGCGGGCCAAGCUGCUGGAGCUGAAGCACAAGCGCGCGGCCGUGCUGAGGUCGCAGGAGAAGCAGAAAUCGCUGCUGCAGAGGAGAACGUCCAGCGCCGGCAGCCGCGGGAAGGUGGUGCGCAGGGCCAGCCUGUCGGAGAUCCCUGUAACUCCCCAAAUCCCCAUAAUCUCAUAAUCCCUAACUCCCUAAAAUCCCUAUAAUCUCAUAAUCCCCAUU